AUGACGAGUUACCAGAAGGAGCUGCCGGUAGAUUGCUUUGAGCACGUGUUACCAGACGAGUAUAAUACACGCAAAAUCCCACGGGCAGAGUAUAUAGAAGAUAUUGCCGACUUUGUAAGGCAGCACGGCGAUGAUGCGGCUGCCGCGAUCGCAGCUCUCCAGGAGAAAUUGCAGAAGUACAGCUUCAUGCUGGACGUCGUCCAGAAGCAGAAAAAUUCCCUUGUCGGCUCGACGGCUGACCUUAGAGAGAAUCUGGACCUCAUAGAUUAUUUGGAGAAGCAGGAAAGCGCUUUUGAGGCGAGGUAUGAGCUGGCUGCCGGCGUAUAUGCCAAGGCGAUGAUCCCAAAAAGCGACCAGGUAUCACUCUGGCUCGGAAGCCACGUUAUGGUGGAGUUUCCGCACGGAGAGGCUCGGUCCCUACUCAAAAAAAAUCUGGGUGACGCCGAGCAGAGCAUAGCAGAAAUGGCGAAGAAUCUUCAGUUUAUUAAGGAGCAGAUCACAAUGAUAGAGGUCAGUAUCAGCCGGGUCUUCAACUGGGACGUCCAGAGAGUAAAAACUUCAGGAGACAUUAUCGAGUAA